UUGGACCAUCGGCGACAGCGCGUCAUAGGCUCCGGUGUAUCGUCGGGUAAUUCCGUGACAGGCAGGCGUCGCAUCGAGCUUGGUCGCUGUAUCACGAACCUCAGCACCAUCAACCCAUCACAACACCAUGGCUAAGAUACUGGUCGGCGCCCUCGCUCUCGCGUCUCUGCCCUCGGCGCUCGGCUUCCGCAACACGUCGCCCUUCUUCCUCUUCUCCACGGCCGAUCUGCUCCUUCCUUCCACCGACGCCGCGAUCGCGCUAUCGGACAAAGUUCUCGCCGAUGUUCUGGACGUCCUGAAGGACUGCCCGACGCGAUCGUACAUCGUCGUCGAACAGGAGAGUGUCUCAUCUGCCGACUAUGCUGAUGGCCACUCCACGCCACGGUUGGCUCAAUACAUGGGAGGCAAGCAUGACGAAGUGAGGACGACUGUUGCGCUGCCAGAGAUUGUUGGUGAAUUGUCGACAGCGGAAAUCAUAUCGCAUCUGGAGACCAAGUGCGGUCCCAGCGUUGGCAGCUCAGGAAAGGUGGAUUCGAAAUGGCUUACGACGAUGAAACUGGCGACGCCUGGUGCAUCCAAGGCAUCCCGACGAAACCGCCUUCUCUCCAACGAUGAGAUGCUCGAGCAGAAGAUCGUCGAGGAGGCAAACUCCCAAGAUUACACCGUCAUCUACGUCACCAGCCCACAGUCUGAAGCACAGUUCAAGACACUGCUGCAGGAGGAGCGUCAGCAGCAGUACACAUACGACACGGACAACUCUUUCGGCGAGCGCGUGCAGAUGGAGCUGAAGCGAGACACGACCGCUCAGAUGGCCAGGCGCGCCAACUCGACAGAGGGCGGUCUCUUCGAGAAGUACCAAUACUUCACGCCUGGGCUGUUCAUGGGUUUCAUGGCUAUUAUCCCGCUCUUCUCUAUCCUGCUUGUUGGCAUCAAGGCUCUUACCAGUCUGGAGGUGUCGUACUUCGCCUUUAGCAAAGAGAUGGGCCCCAACGCGCAGAAGAAGCAGUAGAGUGGUUGAAGCGAGAAGAGUCAAAGACCUCCCCAGGUCUAUAGUCUGGCUGUGUACAUCUGUAGGUUUUGUAGUAGC